AUAUGUCCUUUUGGAGAAAUCCCUUUGGAGGAUCUCUGAUGAGGAUCGCUUGGGAAGAAUCUCUUGAGAGAGGCUCUGGAGAGAGGCCCUUUGGAACAGUCUCUGGCUGGAAGGCUGUCUGGUGAAGUCAGCUGAGAUGGAGCUGGCCUGGUGUCACUAGAAUCCUUGUUUAGGCAGACCUUGUGGUGUCAAGCACUGGUUUGUGGGCCCUGGACAGCUCUUCACAGCCUAAUGCCAUGAAUGUGGAGGUGGAUAAUGUGGAGGAGAAAGCUGUCCAUUCAUGGUCCAGAAUCUCCUCUGCAGGACAGAAAGCCUUGGAGGAAGCACUCUUGGUCUUCAACCCCAUGUCCAAGGACCUCAGUGACACAGAGGCCCAACUUGUGGCCUUUCUCCAAGGUCUCCGGGAAGAGGGCUACCAGCCCACUAUCCUUAGGAGCAAGGAUGUGUAUGGCUAUAGCUCCUGCACAGCCGAUCCCCCCAGCCAAACCAAACACCACGUUGGCCCUUCGACUCAGGCCAAACCACUGCCCUCGGACGUUCCCAGAGCCACUUCCAGGAGUUUGCUGGCUGUUCCAGGGACCAUCUUGGGGAGGUCUUCUAAAGUCUCUAGUUCCCCAAUAAUCAAAACCAGCUCCACCAAUCUUUUGUUGAACUCCCUGAAACAGUCAGGCUCAGGCGGUGGCAAGAACUCAUCUGUGGGCUUCCCCACCCACAUGUACCCUGGGGUAUACCCGGCUAUGCGGCUCUCUGUUGUUCUAGAAGCCUUGGUCCCUUUAAAGGCUACAGCAUCCUGUUUAAACUCCAAGUACAAGCCUCUGGGGAUCUCAAAUUCAGACCUUAAGCUGCUGAAAGGCUCAGGGAGAUCCCGGCAAUCAGCUCCUAACAAAACCACUAACAAAGGACACCGGUGUUUGAUCCGGAAAGCACCAGACCGGGCUGCCCUCCCAAAGGGUGGCCGUCGGGGUCCCAGUGGUGGUGUCCUUCGAGAGAGCAAUGCUUGCAAGGCCUCGGGCAUCCUAAAUGGUAGGCGUCGAAAGAAGGGGACCCAAGUGAAGACUUCCAAGAGAGGGGCCAGGACUGCCUGUAGAGGUGGCAGAGGCAGCCAUCCAGAAGCCACAGGGCCAAAGAGGAAAAGGGCAGAGGAGGCUAAAGAGACCCCAGCCAAGAAGAAGAGCAAGUUGGGGCCUGGACUAAGCAAAGCUAGGCUAGUGCCAAGCUCACCAAACCUCCUGAAGUUCCGGGUCAUCAAAGUAAAUAAGCGAUUCUCUGAUGAGGAGGUGCGGCAGAGAGCACAGAAGAUCCUGAGAGUCAAUUUGUCUCCAGUGAUCCGUAUCCAGCCACUGCCCCACUCUGUCCCCUGAUUGACUCAAGGUCCAGUCCAGGGCCCAUUUCCCUCUGACCCAGCCAGUUCACACACCACUUCCCCCCUCCCUUCCACUCAUCCACCCUCCCCUGUGGAAAGGGGGAGUGAGAGACUUUGAUUCUCCUGUCGGUGGCUGGAGCAGCAGGGGUGUUGGGUGACAGUGUGUUAGCUGAUACCUGCAGACUCUGGGCAGCUUGCUCCAUUCCUGUUUCAGGCUCUCUGGCCACCAGGCCCCUGGGACUGCCUAACAAGCUCUGAGCCACAUUCAGAAAUGCAGGGAGAUGCCUCCCCCAUCCCAAGGGAGAAAGCAGGGUCUUACUACCUGCUCUCAAAGAGCCACUUAUGGCCUCACCCCAACAGACCUUCCCCAAACCCUUGGGGGAGGUAGUUUUGUCAUGACGUGAUGCACUGUGAUUUGUUAUUUUCCAAGCUCUAUGUUUACUGAUUUCAUUUUGAUCAAGUUUUAUAUCUUUAUAUGCCCCCUUUACCCCCCCCCCCCCCUCCAUCCCAGGCUCUGUCUCUUCCAUCAGGCUCAGAGCUUGGGGUUUCUUCCCUCUUUUCAGAAUUCAUCUACAAUUCCUCUUGUUUUGGGUCCUCUCCAUGCUUCUAGGAAAGUUCUUGCCACUGAAAGAGUGGCGAGUGGAUUGAUUUCAGGAACAGAUUCAUUGAUAGCCCUGGCUCUUUCCUUCUACAUUAGUGCCAGGGGACAGGUCUGUUGCCUGCCUACCUGGUGACCAUCACCUCGAGUACAUUGAUCUCAGUGAGGCAUUUCCUAAGUGCUGUUGGGGGUGCAGCAGAAGGAGCCAGCAUGUAAACUGGUAGCAUCACCUGAUAUAAUGUUUGGGAUUUGUUCUAACUUCCUUUGGGUGGUUAUGGGUGUCUCUGCCUUCUUGGAGUUUAUUUCUCUGGGUAGAUUUGGGCAGAGGCCAGCCCAUUCCUUCUGUCCUGAGACUACCUGGGUUUGAGCCUUGUGAGCAAAAAAGAGAAUCAGGUGGCCAGGCCAUUCUUUCUGCAAGAUCCUAGGGGAGCCUGCCAGGUGAGUAAGUAUAAGGUUGUGACCCUUGAGCUGCUAUCUCUGCCAAGAGAGGAAAAGAGGAUUUUUUUUUCUACUUCCCUGGGGACAGAACCAGACAGUGACUCCUUGUCUCCCAUCCUUGCACACCAUGAGUCUGUGGGCAACCAUCCAGAGCUUCAAGGCCUUUCCUCAGGGCUGCUGAUUCCCUCCUGGCUGCUACUUUCCCCCCAGGGCCUUAUCUCUAAAUCCCUGCAGCUAGACCUUGAAGAAUUGUGGCUGUCUAGCCCCAGCCUUUUUCCCCACCUUUCCCUUCAUCCUUCCCAAGAAUCUGGUCUCCUCCCCUCCUUUCAACUAGUCAUACUCUAGACUCUUGGCCCUGAGAGUGUGUGUUGAGGGAGAGAGGAGAGUCUGAAGAGAUCUGUUCAGUCUCUUCCCACUGGGAACAAAAGGAUAGUUGGAGGCAGGAAUGGCCUGGAAGACCAAUGGUCAUUGUGUCUCAGGACCAAGACUUUGAGGCCUUAAUCCACCUCAGACCCCAUAUGGGCCUGUGGAACAGAGCCCGAAGCGAUUGAGCCAGGUCAAGCCAUGCCCCUUCCCAGUUAGGGGAGUAUUCUGUUUCCAGGUUGGCUUCUGGUGCCUGUGGGAGAAGUUCUCCACUAGCUUCACAUUCAUACAAGUUGGGGAGGCUGGGGUACGACUGAAAGGUUUGGUCACCUCCUUGGCAACAGAAAGUAUUUCCCAGCUGGACCCUGGACUCUCAGAUGGGGGGCUGAGCUGGCACUCCCCCCCUCAAAUUUGAAUCCAAACAAUGUCCCCUUACCCUUCAUCCUGCCCUCGAGUCAUCUACCCUAUCCUUGCCCUCUGCUGUCUAUGGGUCCCUCAGUCCAUAGUGGCCAUGGUGGGGGUGGAGCCUAGAAGGCAGGUCACCAUUCCUUCCCUGGUUGGUGUCCUUUGUGACUUUGGGAAACUUGAGGACCAGACCCUUAUCCCUGCUGCGUGUUCAUUGGUUUGUUUGUGACGUCUCCACGGAUGCGGAUCUGUGAUGUUCGGUAUGCAGUUGUGGCCUGUGAAGAGUGCAACUGACUUCAGGGGAAGGCCCUCAGGCUGCUGGGGUCUGGGGUUUCACUGGCAUUUAAGUUAAAUGGGAAUUAUUGACCACUUGCAGGCCACUUGUUCUGCUGUCCUCAGUAAAUGGUGCUUCAUCCUCUG